GCCGCCGAUUGGUCGUAGGCAGUCGUUCCUUCGCCGAAGGAAGGCGCAAUCGUAUUGCGCAUGUGCAGCACAGUUUUUGAAUUUAGAAUAAACAUUUUUUCUUGUGUGGGUGCGUUCGUGUUUGAAAUAAAAAACUUUUUGAAAUCGUUAACUAAUAAAAUUCUGGACUUUUAUUGUGUGACAAGUAAAUUGUGUGUUAAUUCCAAAGGAAUUUCUUAACACUUAAACAGGUUUGCAAACCAUCGAGUGUUUUUAUAAUGGAUAUUGUAACAUGUAUGAUUUUAUAAUAAUCAUUUGAAUGUUUUUAGAAUACGUGAGUUGUAUUUUCGAAGUGUUUACAUUGUAAUGUAAUCUUUACUUGGAUUCUAAUAUACGGAAAGAUUCAAAAUAAGUAAAAUAUUUAAAAGUAACAGUGUAUUGAUCGUUGGUGCCAAAAAUGUACUCGAGAUCAUAAUUGGAGAAGAAAGAAAAAAAAAACAAAAGAUGGCGACGUCGAAUUUCUAAAAAGAGAAUCAAAUACGUAAUAAUAAAUUAACAUUUAUUGACGUAACUAGUGAACCUGUAUGAUAAAUGACACGAUGAACUGCAGUUAAUAUAAAAGUGACACAAAUCAAAAUGGCACUCAUAAACGUGACAUUAAUCAGUGUACUGUGCAGUGUGGUGUUUGUGUGUGUGUCUGGCCAUGUGGCUCUCACGUACCCACCAGCAAGACGGUUCGACUUGGACUUUCUGGACAAUUCCAGAACGAAACCGCCGUGUGGAAUGCCAAAAGGAACACUAAAGACAUCGUUUUUAGCAGGCUCAAACUUUACAGUACAUUGGCAUUUAGCGUACGCACAUCGAGGUGGCUUCAGUUUGAGGAUAUUGGAUGAAUUAGAAAGACCAGUGUUAGAUCUAACUCCUCGGGCAGGCGGAACUGAAUUUGUACGAGAUGAUGUCACAGCUCAAAAGUACGAAGUCCGUCUACCAAACGACUUCACGUGCGAGAACUGCACGCUGCAACUGCAACGCGAGGCCGGCGAAUGGGGCGCCAACUACCGGUUCUGGUCGUGCGCCGAUAUCGACAUACUGCCCAGGAAGGAGUACCACGAGACGUGUUCCGGCCACGGUUUCCACAUCCUCGGGCGAUGCAAGUGCAACAAGAUGUACUACGGGCCCAGGUGCCAGUUCUCCGACGAGUGUCUCGAGGACACAGACUGCGGACUCCGUGGGAAGUGUAUUGAUAUCAACGCUACUGAGUCGCCGAGCAAGAUGUGUUAUUGUCCACUUGGGUUCUAUGGCAAAGGAUGUAACAAGAAGGCACCGUGGAAGGACAAGAAUAUAAACUUAGCGUUGUACAGCAAGAAAGAGCUGUCCAAACAGUUCCGGCUCUUCUGGAGGAUCCUGAAGGAGGACGACGAAAUAGAAGUGGUGAUGAUGGUGAACGGUACGACGUAUGCUGCUGUCGGAUGGAGACCGAGCAGUUUGACAAAACAGUGCAAGAAUUUCCCAGUGUUGGGACCGUCCAAUGAAGAUAAACCGAGUACGCUAAAACCUGAACCAUUACCUGAGCCGGAACCAAAAGCAGAACCUGAAUCGGUUCCAGAACCUAAAUCAGAACCCGAGCCUACACCGGAACCAAAAGCCGAACCUGAACCAGCCCCAGAACCAAAAUCCGAACCCGAACCUACCCCAGAGUCAAAAUCCGUACCAGAACCCACUGCAGAACCUAAAGCCGAGCCGACUGCAGAACCAGAACCCAGCUCCGAACCUGAACCCACGGCAGAACCUAAGCCAGAACCCGAACCAGAACCGGAGGCAGAACCCAAACCAGAACCAACGACACGUGCUUCUGUUGAGAGUGAUAGUAGAAAUAAAAGAGUGGCGAUGCAUUCAUUAGACGGUUUUGAUUUUAAGAAUCUUGGAAAUGAUGUGACUGUAAAAACCAGUAUAUCUUACAAGGUGUCCAGCUCCAAAGGACGACGCAAACGUGCUGCACAAAAUGCAAAAGAAAAUGUGGAAACUACGACCUCUGUUGUAGUCAAUCAGCAUGACAUUAGUCCUAAACCAGAACCAGAGUCUGUCCCAGAACCUAGUUCUGAACCUGAACCAACCCCCGAACCAAAGUCUGAACCGGAACCAAUAACAACAACAACAACAACAACGACAAAGCCUAGACCAAAAUUCUCACCCAAACCAAAGUUUACACCAAGAUUUAAACAAUUUUUGCAUUUAAAUGCGUCUCAAAAACAUUUCUUACAGUCUAAACUUGCAUCAACUGUUGAAUCUAAACCAGAACUUAAAUCUGGACCGGAACCAACUCCAGUACCCAAAUCUGAACCUGAACCCACCUCAGAACCCAAAUCUGAUCCCGAACCCACCCCAGAACCCAAAUCGGAACGAGAGCCUACCUCAGAACCUACAUCAGAACCGCAACCGUCUCCAGAACCUAAGUCUGAACCAGAUCUAUUACCAGAACCCAAAUCGGAACCAGAGCUUUCUCGAGAACCUAAAUCUGAACCAGAACCAGCGCCAGAACCUAAAUCAGAACCAGAACCCACCCCAGAACCUAAGUCUGAACCAGAACCCUCCCCAGAACCUAAAUCUGAACCAGAACCCGUCCCAGAACCUAAAUCUGAACCAGAACCCGCCCCAGAACCUAAAUCUGAACCAGAACACGCCCCGGAACCUAAAUCUGAACCAGAACCCGCCCCAGAACCUAAAUCUGAGCCUGAACCAUCCCCAGAACCAAAAUCAGAACCAUCCCCAAAACCUAAAGCCGAAACGGAUACCGACUCAUUGCUAGUGAAGGGACUUAAAGAAGACGCAGGUCAUUACCCCAGCCAUGAGUACGUCCCCAAAUUCGACUUUAACCCCAUGGAUUGCACCGACAUAGUCAUUGGUACCGCUCGUGGCAAUUACCAUAGGGUUUUGGACUAUUACACUCGAGAUAGAUCAACCCCUCGUGUGGACACUUUCUGGGGUGGUCACGACGACAUCACUGCAGCGUCAGGGUUCGAGGAGAACGGUGUCACAACCAUCAUGUUCAGGAAGAAGAUUAAGGCCAAAGAACCAACCGACCACUCGAUAGUGGACGAUCUGAUGCACGUUAUCUGGGCCCGUGGCCAGGAGCCAGGGAAGUACGUGCAUUCCCCACCAUCGGGGCUGGAGAAGGGCAGUGCUGCAGUCGGCGACUUCUACCGCCAGGACGAGCUCAAGUACCACGGACAUGGGGGCCAGAGGGGAGUAACCAGGAUCAACUUCUUUGAAGAAGAGAAGAGUUCCAUAACAGGCGGUGUACUACCAUUAGCUGAUAAAUGUGGCGGGCAAUGGAAGCUGCCGUCCAACUGUAAUCCAGCUAACAACAGCUGCGACUACUACGCCUCCUGGGAGUAUCUAGGACAGAAGAGAGGGAAAGACUCGGUCCGGUUCACUAUCAAGACGAAACAAAGCAAGUUCUGGACGGGUAUUGGAUUUAGCAACGACAAGAAGAUGUCGCAAACAGACGCGAUUAUUGGCUGGGUGGACGCCAGAUCCGGGCGUCCCUUCAUCAUGGAUACGUGGGUCAGCGGUUACUCCGCGCCGAGGGUCGACCAGAGACAGGACAUUACCAAGGAGUCCGGCAGUUUGGUCGAGGGCUACACUACCCUCAGUUUUGUUAGGAAGAGGAACACGGGCGAUCAGAAGGAUCUAGCCUUCACAGAUAGCCAGUGCUUGUACAUGAUGUUCAUCACGCAAGGAGGUGGCUUCGACGCCGUCAACAAACGGACGAGCAAGCACCAGCAGACCCCAGUUGUUACUGAAAACAGAGUCUGCAUUCAGCCGUGUGGUCCAGAACCCCCUGAAGAAGAGGUGACCACGGAAGCUGUAAUUCCUGGUGUGUCGGCCUACACAAUGCUGAUCCGUAUAACAGGGUUAGCUGACAGCUUUAAGCCCCCAGCAGCCGGCAGUAAAGAGUACGAAGAACUGAGUCAACAGGUCAUCAACAGUUUUGUGAAGGAAUUGGGGAAGAAUAAGGGGUACCAUGGAUUAGCUGUCAACGGGUUUAUGCAAAAUGAAACAAGUGCCAUAAUCGCCGAGCUCACUCUAAAAUCGAUCGAUUCAAAUACAAUCGAAGGUUCGAGCGCCCGGUCACUAGAUGCCACUAGCUCUGUCACACCAAAUGUAACUGAGGGAGAUAGCGAUAUGGAGAAAUGGCAGAGGGUAGUGAGGGACACACUUGCGCAGGGGAGAGUGGGGAAUUUGAAUGUAGAUCCUGAGUUUUUGGUGUUUGAGCCGCUGAGUUUAACAUCGAGUCGUCCUACCGAGAGUGGUGGCACGGGCAACGCUCGCACGUUCUUCGGGCUGGCGGAGACCAAGCUGUACGUGGUGGUGGGGUGCGUGGCGGCGCUGGUGGCGGUGGCGCUGCUGCAGGCCGCCUGCACGCUGCACCGCGGCCGGGCUGCGGCGCCCGCGCCCACGGGGAAGGACCAGCUGAUCCCGAACGCGGCAUGGAAGGAGUACUCGGCGUCGAACACGAACUACGCGUUCGAGCCGUUCGAGAACGAGGAGCGGUUCGGCGGCGGCACCGCGUCCACGGCGGCGGCGGGCCGGCGCGCCGCGCGCCCGCCCGGCCCGCCGCCGCCGCGCCCGCACCACGCCGACAGGCACGCGCACGCGCACGCGCACGCGCACGACAAGCAAUCGACAAACGGCCACAAAAUGUCGGCUAACGGAAACAAAAUGGCGGCCAACGGGACGAAUGGACGCAGUACGCCGAAACACAACAGCGCAGCGCAGUACUACCACGAGACGCGCUCGUUGCAGCGGCCCAGAGGACAAUACGGUUAUAACGGCCGUCCGGACCGGGCGACGUACUCGCUGCCGCGCGGCGUCCGGGAGUCCGGACAGCCGGGCUACCCCGGACACACGACCCUGUCCGCACAGCCGGACUUCUAUUUCAUGCCUUCGCAGCGGAAAUACGAAGAUUUUUGAUGGACACGAUGAAGAUAUUUUAAGUUACCAAUAGAUAACAGAUUUUUAACUAAGCACCGAACAAUUGUACCUUCUAAGAUAUAUUUUUCACAUAUAUUAUAAAAAAAAAA